CUAUAGAUUGGUAACAUCGUGACUUAUUUUAACAUGUAUGUUAAUGUACUGUAACAAAGCUGUUUAGUGAUGGCUUUAUGACCUGAGACUGCGCGCGAUUACACAUCUCGCGGGUUUACCACUUGACUCGUUAUCUUCAGGGAGUCGCAGCUACAAAGAUGACGAACAUAAAUGUUAUACAUUGACGCCCACAACAUGUUCGAUUCAGAAGAAGGCGCAUCUUCGCUGGAUAACCUGUUUUAUGACGGGCCUGUGAUUCAUAAAGUAAAACCUUUAUGUCAUGGACAGUAUUCCAGGACAUUCAAUGCUCCAUCCUCACUAUCAGAAAUACCUGCAAGGCAAGGCAUUCAAGGCAAGGCCGCAACACUCUCAUCAUAUGGUUACACUCAGAGAUCAAAGAAGUUUCUCCCUCCGCCAAAUAAGCUCAAUUGCAAUCCUGUUGAAAGUGUCCAAGUGUCCAAGACUAUGAAAUCACAGGAGCUGGAGGAAUCUGUUCUGUGGACACAUGAAACCUCUGGAAAAAGAGGUAUCUCUAUUGGUUCAGUGCAGGAUAUGGAUUGCCUUUUGGAAACAAGACCUUCACCUCCUGCCAGUUACUCUGCCUUCAAGACUCAGUUGUUCAGAACUCCUGCAAAGAUGUCUGGGAAUGGUGAAGACGGUAUAACAAAUCAGUUGACAGCAAUAACAAAUGAUGACCCUUUCCUGGGUCAGGUUGCUAUGACAACAAGAGGUCCGCAGAAAGCGCAUGCUGUUGCUACCUGUAGUCCGUUUAUUGGUACGGGCCGAGCAGAGCAGUGCCAUUCUGUAGAGCAAAAAGAUGGUUUUCAUGCAAAUACAGUCCAUGAUCUCCAGCUUGCUUCUAAACCAAUAGAAUUUGAAGGGUCAUCUGGAAGAGGAACUCUCCGUCCAGUCUCUGAAAUUCCUGCUAAAUUCAGAAGUGUAUUCAAAGAAUUCCCCUACUUUAACUACUUACAGUCCCAAGCAUUGGAUGAUAUUCUAUACACCAGUAAAAACUUUGUUGCCUGUGCCCCUACGGGCUCUGGGAAGACCGUGCUCUUUGAGUUGGCCAUUAUUCGUCUUCUGCUUGAGGUUUCAGAGCCCUGGCACAAUGUCAGAGCUGUAUACAUGGCACCAAUUAAGGCUCUUUGCGGUCAGCAAUAUGAAAACUGGAACCAAAAAUUUGGACCUCUCGGACUAAAAUGCAAGGAGCUUACAGGAGACACAGAGAUCGAUGACAUGUUUGAAGUCCAGGAUGCUCAUCUAAUUUUGACAACUCCGGAAAAAUGGGACAGCAUGACAAGAAGGUGGAAGGAUAACUGUUUAUUGCGGUCUGUCCGUCUCUUUCUCAUCGAUGAGGUACAUGUGGUGAAAGACAAAACCCGUGGAGCCACUCUUGAGGUUGUAGUCACCAGAAUGAAAACCAUGUAUUCAUACAGCCAGGCUGUAAAUCCAGAGUCAAAUGCUUCAAUGAGAUUUGUGGCUGUUUCCGCCACCAUCCCCAAUAUUCAGGAUAUAUCUGAAUGGCUGUCAGAUGAAUCAGGGCCUGCCACUUGUCUGGAGAUGGAUGAGAGUCAUAGGCCAGUGAAACUGAGGAAGGUCGUGCUUGGGUUCCCCUGUGGAAACAAACAGAAUGAAUUUAAGUUUGAUCUUUCUCUAAACUACAAAAUGGCCAAUAUCAUUCAGACCUACUCGGAUCAAAAACCAUCACUUGUGUUUUGCUCUACAAGAAAAGGAGUUCAACAGUCUGCUGCUGUGCUUGCCAAAGAUGCCAGAUUCAUUAUGAGCAUUGACCACAAACAGAGGCUAAUAAAGUAUGCAAACUCAACAGUUGAUUCAAAACUCAAAGAUCUGAUUCUUUGUGGCAUUGGAUAUCACCAUGCCGGCAUGGGAGUGUCAGACAGAAAAGUGGUUGAAGAUGCAUUUACAGUGGGUGACCUGCCAGUGUUGUUUACAACCAGCACCUUAGCCAUGGGUGUGAAUCUUCCAGCCCAUCUAGUGGUUAUCAAAUCCACACUGCACUAUGUUGGUGGCGCAUGUGAAGAGUACAAUGAAGCUGACCUGUUGCAGAUGAUUGGGAGAGCAGGCAGACCACAGUUUGAUACAACAGCAACUGCAGUGAUCAUGACCAGGUCUCAAACAAAGAACAAAUACACACAGUUUUUGAGUGGCAUAGACAGCAUUGAGAGCAGUUUGCAUACAAACUUGGUGGAGCACUUGAAUGCUGAGAUUGUUCUCCACACCAUAUCUGAUGUCAACAUGGCUCUAGACUGGAUUCGCUCAACCUUCUUGUACAUCCGUGCUUUAAAAAACCCCAAGCACUAUGGUUUCCCCCCUGACCUUGACAAAUGUGGAAUUGAAACUAAAUUACAAGAACUGUGCUUGAAAAACCUGAACUCUUUGGCCUCAUUGAAUCUGAUUACCAUGGAUGAAGACAUUAACAUCAAACCCACAGAGACAGGAAAACUCAUGGCCAGAUAUUGUGUCGCCUUUGACACUGUGAGGCAGUUUAGUGAGGUGACAGGAAACGAGACUUUACCUGAACUGAUUGAAAUGAUAUCAAAGGGGAAGGAAUUUAGCGAUGUGCAAUUGAGAGUAAACGAGAAAAAAACCUUGAACAUGCUGAACAAGGACAAGAACAGAACUACCAUCAGGUAUCCCAUGGAGGGAAAGAUCAAAAGUAAUGACAUGAAAGUAAACUGUCUGAUUCAAGCUCAGCUCGGCUGUAUCCCCAUUCAGGAGUUUGGACUCAUACAGGACACUGGAAAGAUAUUCCGAAAUGCAAUUAGAGUCAGCAAAUAUCUGACUGAGUUUCUCCGUCAUCACUCUCAAAAGAAUUUCUCUGCUCAGCUCAACUCUUUGAUACUUGCCAAAUGUUUCAGAGCCAAACUGUGGGAAAACUCACCUUAUGUUUCCAAACAGCUUGAGAAGAUAGGACAGUCAUUUGCCACAGCCAUGGUGAAUGCAGGGCUCACAACAUUCAGCAAAAUUGAGGAGACCAGUCCUAGAGAGCUAGAGCUAAUUGUGAACCGACAUCCUCCCUUUGGAAACCAAAUAAAGGAAGCCGUCAGCAAACUCCCAAAAUAUGAAGUGAAUUUGGAACAGAUUCAACGAUAUAAUGUGUCAGCUGAGAUUGUUGUCACUGUGAACUCAAAGAAUUUUAAAGAGAUGGCAGCGAAACAGACAGCACCAGACCACCAUCAUGUCACACUCAUUAUUGGGGACUGUGACAAUAAUGUCGUUUUCCAACAGAAAAUUAUGGAUGCAGUACUCUUGAAGUCUGGGAAAUGGUCAAAGAGAAUUGAGGUCGCAAGAAUAUCAAAGGGAGAGGAGAUCAACAUUCAUUUGAUAAGUUCAGAAUAUGUGGGUCUGGACAUACAGAAGAAGUGCAGCACCUUCUUCUUAGGAGAGAAGAGUUUUGGCACUGAAUCUCAGGUCAUACAGAGCCCUACAUGGAGAAUGCAGAGGGUUCUGAAGCCAUUUAUAGAAAACCCAGUACUGACAACUCGGACAAACAAAGUUCACAGUCCUAUACAACAACAACAACAACAACAACAUGAUCAGUCCUCAGACAGAGAUCAACCUACUCAAGAUACUUUAAAGAGACAGUGUAAUCAUCUCUGCAGAAAUAAGGAGCUCUGUGGACAUGACUGUUGCAAAGUUGGAGUUGAAAUUAUUUUGAAAAGACCAGCAAAUCAGUCCAGUUUCUCAUCAUACCUUAAAGAUAUGAAAAUGAGGAAUGUGAGACUCACAGAGACUCCUGCGAAACGCUUGAAGAUGAUGAUGAAUAAUGAAACAGCAGCUAUAGGCAUGCAACAGUUCUCAUACAAACCCAAAGACACACUUCCUGCUGUCAAGAACAUUAGGGUAAGUCAGUGUUAUACUCAAAGUAGAUGUGAAAACCCAAAACUACCAAGUGAUAAUUCAUCUUUUGAAGGUUACGAUGACUGUAUGGGAGGCUUUUAUUCUGAAAUGGUAGAUCAUGGACAAGCUACUUCUUCAGCUCAAGAGGUUGUAUGUGGUCAACUGAAGACCCUCAAACAUAAACAGAUGAAUGGAAUCGCCUCUCAUAAAGCUGAUGUUUAUUCAACCCAUGCAAAUCCAGAGCACUGCUCUGACUGGGCUGGUACUCUUAAUGUGACCUUUGACCUGGGAGUGAAUGAUUGGGAUGAUUUUGAUGAUGGUCACUUGCUCCAUGCUACUGAGUUGUGUUGUGAAUCUGAAGCAUGCGAUCUAAAGAUGGGUCAUUAUCAACCAACAAAUGCUGGGUGUCUGUCUGCAGUAGCACAAACUCAAGCCCAAACCACACAAAAAACAUUAAGUUCAAUCUUGCCACAAAGAAUACAUCUUCCAGUGGCUGCUACACCUCAGACUAGAGUGUGCUCAGAAAUAAGCAUGAACACACCUUCCAACCAGAGAGAGACCAAAAAAACUACACUCCUUGAUAUUUUCUCAAGGGUAAACACAGCUCAACAGGAAAACAUAUAUGCUAACAGGGAAUGUGCAAAGGACAGCGACAAUGAGGCAGAUGUUUAUAUUGAUAUAUUUGAUGGUCUGUUGUAAGUUUUAGCACUGGUAUGUUCCUGUGCUUUCAAAAUAUGGACAAUGUCAGAAAAAAAACGUCUUACUUUUAUUAUUUUGUUCUGUAUGUAGAAACAAAGUUAUUGGAUGCAAGGGCAACCCAUUGAUUUUGAAAAAACUGUUUAAUAUACUAACCGUCUUAGAUAUUUAAAUUCUUGUGAAAAAAUGAAAAUGUUAGAAAUAUGUGUUAUACAUUCAAUAUUAAAGUAAAAUGUUAGCAAACGAAAGAUCAUGCUGGUCCUUUUGUUACCUGGCCUAUAUCUGAUGAGCACAGGCUGACCAGCGAAUCUCCAGAAAAUGUACUGCCUUAGCAAAUUUAGAACAAGCAAAUCGAAGUCAGACAGUUGUGGCUUAAUUUUAUUUCAAUUUUUUGUUUAACAGUCAAUCAUACAUAAUUUACAGUGAUUUUUAUUGGAUAUUAAUAAACUGCCCUAUUUACCUAAA